CCCUCAGACUGGCUUUAUGUCUGGCUGUUGGCGGCGUAAACAGACAUGCGCUGUCGCCAUGUUAUCAGCAGCUUCUCCUCCCCCUUUCGGUCUCGUCACAGGCAGAUAGCUGGCUAGCAAUAGCACAGGCUACAUUACAAGGAGACAGAGAGAGAGCUGAAGAGAGACAGAGAGCUGUUGGGAAAGAAGAUACUAGCUUACUAUUUAGCUACUGGUGCAGCUAGCUAGCUAACACUGGAUUAUAACAAAGAGGACGGGGACAUGGAAUAAACACGGACUCCGGUAACGGUACUCGUUUUGGAUACAGCCUGCCAGCUUGACAACGUCGGUGGAUUGUAUGGUUUUACGCCUGCUGUAACGCCGGAUUCAAAAUGCGAAUCACAAUCUAGUAGCUGUAACUGUACUACAUGCACUUGUAGCCAGCCACCGCUGUUGGAUAUUGAAAACGUUAGGUUAGCUAACUCAGCUGUGUUCAGUUUGUUUGAUAAUAAAUUUCUGUAUUUGCUAGCUGUUUGGAUAAUAUGAACUGUUAGUUAGCUAACUAAAUUUGGUCAUAUCUGACAACGUUCUGGAUCUGAAACGUCUUCGACAGUUAAAUAGCUAAGAUAAGCUAGUUAUGUUAGCUUGCUAACUAACUGAGUGUAAACCAGUGUUUCUAAGCUGAGAGCACUAACGCUAGCUAGCAUUAAACGACGACUGUUUUUAACUUAGCUAACGUUAGCUAGCUAAGCUAGCCAUAAGCUAGCAUUCAGUUUAGCCAGGUUAGCUAGCUAGUUAUCUAGCGCGUAGCCUGGCCGGGACAUUGUUUAAAUACCUUGAACAAAAGUGGAAUUAUCGACUCCUGGCUGUUUUUGGAAAGGGGCCAUUAGUUUUAUGUGGAAACUACUUGGGCGAGGUGAAAUUCCUACUGAAAAAGACCUUGUCAACACGGCAGUUCUUGUAAGCUGUAUUUACAACUCUGCCGGAGACCACCCCCUAGAAAUGCAUCACCCCGACCCAGCAGGAGACUCGACGAGCGCCCGAAAAAUGGCGCAACCGGCGACUUUUGCCCGACGGGCUGCCGGUAACACCGCUAGUGCUUCUCCCUCCGCGUUGACAUCUUCGGGAAGUGCCAGCCUUAGCAACAACCUGAUGCCGGCAGACGAUUACAAGCCCUCCGCGCUAAUCCAGCCGCUGGCCUCAGCCGCGGCCACGCUCGGCUCCCAGCUCCCUCCUCAAAGCCUCAGCAUCCACCCCCAGCCCACGCUGCUGCCCCAGAACCUGCCCGUGGCCCCGGGGGCACAGAUUAAAAAGAAAAGUGGCUUUCAGAUCACCAGCGUCACCCCUGCCCAGAUCUCCGUCAGCACAAACAACAGCAUAACUGAGGACACUGAAAGUUGUGAUGAUCUGGAUGAGUCCCACACAGAGGACCUCUCCUCUUCUGAGAUCCUGGAUGUGUCCUUGUCACGGACCAAUGACACCGGUGGACCUGAGAGGAGCUCAUCUGAAGAAACCCUCAACAACUUUCACGAGGCAGAAACCCCGGGGGCUGUAUCUCCAAAUCAGCCACCUAUUCUGUCCCAGACGCACCACGGCGGCACACACACUAUGGUCAAUGGUGCUGUUAACCACCACCAUCAUCAUCAUCAUCAAAAUAAUAAUCAUCAUCAUGUUCAGCAGCAGCAACAGCAGCACCACCACCACAAUGCGGGGCACCCCCAGCCCCACCACCAUCAGUUUCACCCUACGCAUUCUGGAAAUACUCAUUCCACUUCUUCUGCAGGAUCAGGCGCUACUCAAGCUGCUGGCAUCCCACUCGGUAGUGUGGUGACCUCCACCAUCACAACAAGCCCUGAAUCUGUACCAAUCAUAGGCCAGAAAAUGCCUUCGAAUGUGGGUGGAAUUCUGGAAAACGCCUCUGUUGCCACCACCAAUGUCAUUAGUCAGCCCUUGGUUGCUGGUGCACCAGGAACAUCUACUGGCAUAGUCACUGCGGCAUCAGGUGCUACGAUAAGUAUUAAGCGUUUACCAAGCAAUGCAAGUAAUGUUAAUAUAUUAAACUCCAAUGUGCCUGCUUUGGGUGGCAUAAGUACAAACAGUAGCAGUGUAGUUUUUUCCUCUGGCUUGAAUAAUACCAACAACCAAAACGUAAACCUAAUGCAGCAGCAGAGUGGUGUAGUAAGUAAUGUCAUCACAAUGACAACUGGCACCACUGCCACUGCUGUUACUGGGUCAACAAGUGGUAGUCAUGUGGGGACAGCUGACGCUACCCAGCCUUCAAAUGCUAUCCUUGGCUCUAACACUCAUUCUCAGCAGGCACAAAUGCCUCCUCCUGCUACUACCAGCUCACGCUUCAGAGUGGUCAAAUUGGACUCUAGUUCCGAGCCGUUUAAGAAAGGCCGAUGGACAUGCACAGAGUUUUAUGACAAAGAGGCUCCAGGUUCUGGGUCCUCUGAAAAUGCACCUAGCACCCGAACAGUAGAGAGCAUCCGCCAGUUUGUACCUGAUAACGUGUUGGGCUCAGAAAGAGACAGUGUGAGCUCUGUCAGCAGCUCAGUCAGCACUCUAAGUCACUACUCUGAGAGUGUGAGCAGUGGUGAUAUCGGAGGCUCCUCAGCUGUGCAGCAGAUCUUUCCACAGCCACCCACUACUGCUAACAUUUCCAAACCUCAGAUGCCUCGCCAGGACAUGGUGCAUCCCCAUCUAAAGGCUGGUGCAACCACCCCACUGCCAGCCUGCACUCAGCAGCAACAAAAUGCGGUAAAUAUGGUAGGCUUGCAGACGGCCACUGGGCAUCCAUCACCGGCCGUGGCCCCACAGCAGAUGACAUAUGCCCAAGCAGCACAGCUAACUCCAGCUCAGGGCCUCUCAGGAGUCACCCCACAGCAGAUGGCCUACCCGCCUGCACAGCAGCCAGCGGCACCAGCCCAGGUAGCCCCAGCACACGUCAACCCUUUAAGCCAAGGGGGCAGCCUGCCACCUGACUUCACUCAGCAGCAGCCGCCUCAGGAGAUCAUCCAGGCUGCAGCUCCGGGAUCAGCGCAAGCCCUUCCCCACCUGUCCAGCUCCAUCCCCCCUGUCACCGUGGCAGGCAGUGCUCAGAUGAUGCCGGGUUCACAGCCACCUGUGGGCACUGUGCCCACUGCUGUAGCUCAGUCGCUUUCUCAAGGACUGAUGCAACCACAACAGACUCCCUCACCCCAGAUGGCCCAGGCCCCCACCGGUGGGGUCAUGCCACAGCUAGUGCAGUCUACAGGGCCUGGAGUAAUCCAGCAGCCCCAAGGACCACAGCUUUCCUCUCAGCUCUCCAUGGAGCAACAUGCGCCCCUCAGCAAUCAGGCAUUAGGAGCCCAGUUUGUCCCUUCAGUUACAUCAAGCCUGCCUGCAUCAAAUGUGCCUCCCAAUCCUCAGAGUGAUCGCCAGUCCAGCUUGGUACAGAAUGGCGCUAAGAAUGCCAGCGCCCAGCCUGUUGUCAGUGCCCUUUAUGCCACCCUGCCCUCACUGAUGGCCACACAGCUGGAGGAUGCCCAACGCCUUCUCUUUCAGCACCAGUCUGUGCUCGCACUUCCCAAGCUAGCAGCUGGUGAAUGUGCCUCCCAAACUGGCUCCUCCUUAGGUCCUGAGGAGAGUGGUGGAGUUAAUGCCUUAACUGCCUCAGCCAGUCUGCUGAAGAACUUGCCUGUAGAUGGAGAGGAAGAUAGUUCUUCGGGUGCCAGUGUUGUGGCCAUUGACAACAAAAUCGAACAAGCCAUGGAUCUGGUGAAGAGUCACUUGAUGUACGCUGUUCGGGAGGAGGUGGAGGUCUUGAAAGAACAGAUCAAAGAACUAAUAGAAAGAAACUCUCAGCUGGAGCAGGAAAACAACCUGCUGAAGAACUUAGCCAGUCCAGAGCAGAUGGCACAGUUCCAGGCACAGGUUCAGACUGGCUCACCACCAUCAUCCACACAGGGGGCGCAGCAGCCGGCCGUGACCCAACUCUCCACACAGAACUCUGGACCCUCAGCAUAGCACACAAGUUUUCCCUGUUAAGGGGAAUGUUGUUACCUGAACUCAGAUGGACUUAAAUAAAAAGAACAAGUAUGCAUCACUCACAGGAGGAUUAUUUCAAAAUUUGCACAUAUUUAAAGUCUCUAAACUUGACAAAGGCUAAAAAGAGACUCUGAACACGCUUACUGACAGUCCAGUACGCUGUUGACCCACGUUGGAUAUUGCCAAACCCUGUGGACUGUGACUGUCGGUUGGGAGGAAAUAUCAAGAUGGACACAAUUCAAAAGAUUCACUGUGCCUGUGUCUAAAGGAUUCUAAGCGAUGUCGAGUGUUUUCAUGCCUCGCUUACUUUUUUAGUGGAAAUGCUGACCACAGUCUUUUUUUUAGGCUGCAAAAAGCAAGCACUUUAAUGAAAACGAAUAUGACAAGUCUUUUGAUGAACAACUAAUCACUGCGCUGUCAGGUAUGGGCGAGGUGAAAGAUGAGAUGGUGAUCCCAAAAUUUGCUUUAGCGUCAUCAUUAUUCCUGGGUGAAUAAAGGGAGUAAAGUUGCCUAUGAUGAGACGAUCAUUUUCAGUAUUUACAAUUGAAUUCCUCACUCUCUAUUGCGGCUUUAAAGCUGCCUUUUCCAGUGCCGUGGCACUCGCAAGAAAUCAGAGGAAACGGUGGUGGGCUGAGUUGAGUGAGUGAAAGUGGGAAGGCUCUUGUAUAUUCUUGUAUAUUUAGUGUAAGUAAUCUGUAAAAUAGUGAUAUUGCGAGAAACACUAAGAGAAACUAUUUAGGUUGUACAAACUAAAGACGAGGUUGUUUGCUUGCCUGAGACAUUUGACCAUCUUUUUUAUGCUGUUAUACAAGAAUGGAGGUAUCAGUCUUAGAAUAUUUACAUCAAAUGACAACUACUCAACGUCUUGGCUGUGUUUAAUACCUACUGUAAACCACUGUUCACUUGAAGUUAUUUGAAGUAUAUUGCACCCAUGUGAUUUCCGUUUCCAUUUUUUUGACAAUGAAGUAAUCUGGAGAUCAAACCUUUAACUUCCAGUUAUUCUGACUAUCAUUAAGAUCUGAUAUGCAUUAUUACUGCAUUAUAUGUAUGAGUUGUAUGCUUAUGUUUUGUGCAUGUCCCUCAAAAACCGGAGAUAAGGUGUAAAAUAGUUCAAUUGCACUUCACAACUUUCAAUAAAAUGUUUAAGGAACCAUUA